AUGUCCUCGAAAACCGAGGUGAUGAGCGAGAGGUCUUCGGUCGCCGGAGACAGAGAACUCGGAGCCGUUAAUAGAGACAAGUCGCGUGAGCUAUCGGAACAAUUCGUUGAUUUUGCUACGAGAACGACGAAAUAUUUCAAGCAGAUCAUCUGCAACGCGCACAACGCCAAAACGUUCGACGCGCAGUUCAUCCAGCGUUACAUCGCGGAAAAACGCGUCGAAUUGAAUCCUAGAGUAAUAUUAAACGGAACGAAGAUCGUCAUAUUAACGGUCGGACGUACAAAAUUCAUCGAUAGUAUCAAUUACAUGCCGAUGCAAUUGUCAGCUUUGCCGAAAGCUUUUGGUUUGCGGGAUAGAUUGGAAAAGGGAUAUUUCCCGCAUUUAUUUAACACCCUCGCGAAUCAGUCGUAUGUCGGACCGUUACCAGCCGUUGAAUAUUACUCGCCGGAUAGUAUGUCUAGCAAAGAACGCGAGCGUUUUUUGUCGUGGCACGCGGAACAAACGUGCGAAAACGCAGUUUUUGACUUUCAACGCGAGAUAGUGCGUUAUUGUCAUAACGACAUUGAUAUCUUGCGGCGAGCGUGCAUGGCCUUCCGCAUAAUAUUUCUUGAGCGCGGAAACGGCAAACUGCUGUUUGCCUUAUGCCGCAGUUGCUGCAAAAACUUCUCGCAGACUCAGUGCUCACACGAUAAUCCGUGCGAUCGUGAAUUCGAAGAGGUGUGGGUAUCAUGUGAAUUACGCAAAGCUGUGAAGAAGGGUUAUCUCGUGACUGCGCAAGAGGCGAGCGGAUGGUCGAGCGAAUGCGUGGACGAACAAUCUAAAGAACGAUAUUUUCGAGAAUACGAAGCAAUCAAAAGUAUUGCUCUAGAUAGAGCAAACAUUGCGCAAAAUCCAGGUUUACGCUCGGUCGCAAAGCUGUGCCUCAAUUCGUUUUGGGGAAAAUUCGGACAACGUUCGAACCUGACGAGUACCGAGGUGGUAAAGUCGUAG